AUGUAAGAGUGAAUGAGAUUGUGAUGAAGUGGAGAAAAGCUUAACAGAUAAGCAUAAAAGUAAAAGGAAGGAGGAAGGAUGUAAAGCAUUCUUCCAGAGAAAAUUGUGUGCAGUGAAAAGUGCUUUCCUGCGCAGCCGAGGCAACAAAGUGGAGCCUCUUAAUGUCCAGUUGAAUGCCUCACUGGAUGAUAAGCGAGCAGAUAACGUGCCGGGUCUUGAUGAUACCGGUCUAAAUGAUCACCAAACUGAUGCCAGAGAUCUAGCUGCUCAUGAGCCCAAUGCCAUACGGGCUCAACAUUUUGUCAAACGAGGCAACAAAGCCGAGCCUCUGACACCCCAGCUGAAUGCCCAGCUGAAAAAACCCAAAAAGCGAGCAGAUGCCCAUCCCGGUCCAUCCGGCUUUGGGAUAACGGAUCACAAAGAUGCCAAAGAUCCAGCUGCUCAGACGUUAAGUCCAUCGGCUUUCCGGGCAGUCCCAGGCCCGUGUGAUGCAGCCGGCCUUAUGCUGGCUAAGCCCGAGUCAUCUGACCAAAAGUGGGCUGAAUUUGUUUCAGAGUUAAGGCUUGCUGAAGCCCUAUCUACUCUGGAGGCCGUGACUAAAACUAGUUCGGUCGAAACGGAUACGGUCAAAUCAGCCGUACAUGAGCCCUCACCUCUGCCAGGACCAUCUCAACUGGGACAAAUACCUGACACAUAUUUGGUCGAUCCCAAUCCAGCGAAGGAUAAAUACUCAUCCUUAUAUAAACUGGGAAAGAGGCUGGGAGAGGGAUAUUACGGCACAGUGUAUAAGGGCACACGCAAAUCUGAUGGUCAGAAAGUUGCCAUCAAAUUUGUUAAAAAGCUGCCGAGCGAUGAUUACAUUGACAUUCCCGGACAUCCUGAGCCCCUUGAAACAGAGGUUGCGCUCAAUGUUCUGCUGUCAAAGACUCCAAGGAGUCCGUACGUUUUGCCAAUGUACCAGUGGUUUGAUGAGCCUAAAAGACGGAUACUUGUUUUGAAAUAUCCAAACCCCUGCGAGUCUGUGAAUAACUUCAUCAGUCGUCACAAAGGUCGCGUGAGUGAAGAGACGGCACGUGACAUCAUCAUUCAAGCAGUGUAUGGAGCGAAACACUGUCUGGAGCGGGGAGUGUUUCAUCUUGACCUCACUUUGGACAACAUGUUGAUCAACAAAAAGACGCUAAAUCUACAAUUAAUAGACUUUGGAGUUGGACAGUACGUUGGCAAUGACGUGGACAUCGAUGAGAAGAUAGAGGAACACCUUCCAAAGGAGUUCUAUAGGAGACGCAGAUAUUUACUUGAAAAUACAACAGUCUUCUCCAUCGGUGCUAUGAUGUAUGAAAUACUACACGGACACCCACCCAAAAGGACGCGUGGAAAUGAUCUGAUUCUUAAAUCCAGUUUAUCCAAAGAAUGCUGUGAUUUAUUAGCUCAGUGCUUGAAUUGCAACACACUUUCAAGACCACAUAUAAAGCAGAUCAUUGACCAUGAGUGGUUUAGGGGAACAGAACGACAGGAAGAGCUUCAGGAACCAGCAGAGAUGACUCCCAUGAAGAAGAACAUUUGGAAGAAACUGAACAAAUUUUUCACACAGACCAAAAAGGCUACGGAAAAACCACUGGUACCUGAGCCCUCCCCUGUGCCAGCUCCAUCUCAAAAGGAUAAAACUCCUGACACAUAUUUAUGUAACCCUAAACCAGCGAAGGGUAAAUUCACUUCCCGAUAUAAACUGGGAGAGAAGCUGGGAGAAGGAAGCUUUGGCACAGUAUUUGAGGGCAUUCGCAAAUCUGAUGGCAAGAAAGUUGCCAUCAAAAUUGUUAGUAAGAUACCAGUCAACAAAAUGAUUGAAGUUCCUGGUUAUCCUGAGCCCCUCGUUACAGAAAUUGGGCUCAAUGUUUUGCUGUCAAAGCAUCCAAGAUGUCCCUACGUUCUGCCAAUGUACCAGUGGUACGAUGAGCCCAAGAGACGCAUACUGGUGUUAGAACAUCCACACCCCUGCGAGACCCUAAGUAGUUUCAUGACGCGCAACGGGGGUCGUCUCACUGAAGCAGUGGCACGGGAUUUAAUAAUCCAAGCACUGCUUGGGGCGAAACACUGCCUUGAACGGGGUGUGUUUCACCAGGACAUCAAUUUGAACAACCUGUUGAUCAACACAGAGACACUGAGGCUAAAAUUAAUAGACUUUGGUGCUGGGCAACAUUUUGACACUAGUGUGGACAUCAACGAGUUGCUAGGCAAACCCUCACCGUUUGAGUUUUCAAAGAGGUGCCGAUAUCUGGCUGAAUUAACAACAGUCUGGGAUCUCGGCACCGUCCUGUAUGAAAUGUUGCAUGGAUACCACCCCAAUGAAGAGGGCUUUAAAAAGAAGUUUCAUCUCAGUUUAUCCAAAGAAUGCGUCGAUUUAUUAACUCAGUGCCUGAACCGCAACAGAAUGUUGAGACCGUCUGUACAGCAGGUUAUAGACCAUGAGUGGUUUAGGGGAAUAGAGCAGCAGGAAGAGCCUCAGGAGUCAGCAGCAGAGUUAAGUCCUGUGAAGAAAGAAAAAGGAAGACGAAGUGCUUUUAAUAAAUUGAGAAAAGCAGGGGUCAACAACCUUUUUUACACCGUGAACCAGUUUAAGCUUUUAAAAAAAUCUGCGGACUAG